AUGGCCUCCUUUGGAUACUCUCUAACAGUUCAAUGUCUUUUUUACAUCGUGGUGCCCGAAGCUGUCCCAGAACUGGAGGUGAGGGCCCCCCAGCGCAGAGCAGAGCGGGACAAUCCCAUUCCCACUGAUUGCCUCGUUCUUAUCUGGCCCAACCCAGUCUCCAGAUCUCAAACUUCAGAUUUGGGAUGUACCCAGCCUGGCUGUCCUCCGCCAACAGGUGUGAAGCCUUCCCGAGGUGGGAACACACUUGGUGGCACCAAGCAGAUGAAUGAAAAGGAGAAGCUGACAUGGAGUGACCGCAUGCCUGGAUAUGCAGCAAACUUUGGACUGAUUUUAUUUAUGGUCAUGCUGACGUUUUCAGCCGUCUUUGGUGUCAUCGUGUACCGGAUCACGACGGCAGCGGCUCUGUCCUUCAGCACAAACGAGACCACCAGGUCCAACGUCCGAGUGACCGUGACUGCCACUGCUGUCAUCAUUAACCUCGUGGUGGUCCUCAUCCUCGAUGAAAUUUAUGGAGCUGUGGCCAAAUGGCUGACAGAAAUCGAAAUACCAAAAACAGAGAAAACUUUUGAGGAAAGACUGAUUUUGAAGGCAUUCCUACUGAAGUUUGUGAAUUCUUAUGCAUCAAUUUUUUAUGUUGCCUUUUUUAAAGGAAGGUUUGUUGGCCGACCUGGUCGUUAUGUGUAUGUGUUUGAAGGUUAUCGGAUGGAAGAGUGUGCUCCAGGAGGGUGUCUGAUGGAACUCUGCAUUCAGCUGAGCAUCAUCAUGCUUGGAAAGCAACUGAUUCAAAACAAUCUCUUUGAAAUUGGAAUCCCGAAGCUCAAGAAGCUCUUCAGGAAGCUGAAGGAUGAAAGAACUGAGGUAAAGGAAAUGGACACCAACCAAUCAAAGGACCCUCAGCAAUGGGAUCUCGACUACAUCUUGGAACCUUUCACUGGGCUGACUCCAGAAUACAUGGAAAUGAUUAUCCAGUUUGGCUUUGUCACACUCUUUGUUGCCUCCUUCCCUCUGGCCCCUGUCUUUGCUCUUCUGAACAACAUCAUCGAGGUUCGUCUUGAUGCAAAAAAAUUUGUUACUGAGCUGAGGAGGCCAGACACAGUGAGAGAAAAAGAUAUAGGUAUUUGGUAUAACAUCUUGAGUGGUAUUGGAAAGCUUUCAGUGAUCAUUAAUGCUUUUGUAAUUGCUGUCACCUCCGAUUUCAUCCCACGCCUUAUGUAUCAAUAUGCAUACAGCCAGAAUGGAACCAUGCAUGGCUUCAUCAAUCACACCCUCUCAUACUUCAAUGUCAGCCAGCUCAAGGCUGGGACACAGCCAGAAAACUCCCUCUUUGCACAGGAGGUUUCAUUCUGCAGGUUCAAAGACUACAGAGAACCACCUUGGUCCCCGCACCAGUACGAGUUUUCUAAGCAGUACUGGGCGGUCUUAUCUGCUCGCUUGGCUUUUGUGAUUCUAUUUCAGAACCUGGUGAUGUUCCUCAGCGUUCUGGUUGACUGGAUGAUCCCUGACAUCCCCAAGGACAUCAGUGAACAGAUCAAAAAGGAGAAGACCGUGCUUGUUGACUUCUUCCUGAAGGAAGAGCACGAAAAGCUGAAGCUGAUCGAAAGCUUUAUCGCACGCGACAAGCAGAAACGCAGGAGCGGCACCAAAAGCAGAAGGACCAGGGCUGCCAGCUUCUCACAAUGUCACCGCAGCCCCAAGGGCAGCUUCACCUCCUUCAGCUCCCAGCACACCGUGGUGUGA